AUGAUGGCCUCUGUGGUUGUCGGGGGCAACCGGAGGAAGUCUCUCACGCUGAGAGGGGUCGACCCCGAGACCUGUAUGAUCGUCUUCAAGAACCACUGGUCACAGGUGGUGAAGAUCCUGGAGAAACACGAGCCGGGUCGCAGCGUCACCGGCGCGUUGAGCUUCCUGUCCGGUCACGGCGGCAGCGGCGGCUCCGGAGCGCUGCGCCUCGGCCCGAUCCCGGCUGACGAGGCCAGCGCCGUCCAGAACUACGUGGAACACAUGCUCUUCCUGCUGAUGGAGGAAGAGGCGGGGCAAGGAGGCGCGAUGGGUCCCAUCCUGGAGUUUGUGGUGGUGGAGGGCGUCAUGGAGCGGCUGUUCCUCUGGAGCCUGAGGAGACACUUCACCGAGGACAUGAAGCUGGAGCAGCUCAGGAUGUACCAGAUGCUUCUGGCUCAGGCCAGGCAGCCUCUGCUGCACCACAAACCGGUUCUACGACCGCUCAUGAUGCUGCUGGCCUCCUGCGCCGGACCCGGAACCCCCCCCCCAUCCCCCUCAGACAGCGGCGGCGUGGUGGAGGCGGAGCUUGUCCUCCUGUUGAACCAGCUGUGUGGCGCUCUGGUCAAAGACCCCUCAGUUCUGGAACUGUUCUUUCACACCAGUGAAGACCAGGGGGCCACCAACUUCCUGCUCUUCUCCCUGCUCAUACCCUACACACACAGACAGGGCUCCGUCGGUCAGCAGGCCAGAGACGCUCUGCUGCUCAUCAUGUCGCUGUCGGCCUCCGACCCCCGAGUCGCCCGGCACAUCGCCGAGAACACGUACUUCUGUCCCGUGCUGGCCACAGGACUGUCCGGUUUAUACUCGUCUCUUCCGGCCCGGCUGCAGGUUUACAGCGACGACUGGCACAGUCUGGACCAGGCCGACUGGCAGCAGGUUCCAGCACUCGUCCACUUCCUGCAUUCCCUGGACUUCUGCAGCGCUGUUACCAAGGUCGCUCAUCCUUCCAUCCGGUCUCAGCUGCUGGGUUACAUCUACAACGGCUUCCUGGUCCCGGUCCUGGCUCCGGCCCUGCACAAGCUGACGGUGGAGGAGGUGAUGACCACCACGGCGUACCUGGACCUGUUCCUGCGCUCCAUCUCUGAGCCCGCCCUCCUGCAGAGCUUCCUGUCCUUCAUCCUGCUGCACGCGCACGACAACGUGCACGUCCUGGACACGCUGGUCAGCAGGGUCAACACGCCCUUCCAGUUGGGCACGGUGUCUCUGGCUCUGUUCAGGACUCUGAUUGGUCUCUUCUGUGAGGACGUCAUGCUGCAGCUGGUGUUCAGGUAUCUGAUUCCCUGCGGCCACCUGAGCGAGACGCAGCGCUCGUCCCUGAAGCGGAGGGACUGCUGCUCCUCCAGCGCCGCCUCCUUCCUGCUCCUCUUGCCCUCCUGGUGUCCCGGGAACCUCCUCAACAUCACCUCACGCUCGGAGCACAUCCAUUGGCCCAAAGGAGCAGACCUGUCGGUGUCAGACAGCGUCGGUUACUGCCGGGGCUCAGACUUCCUGAUGGAUGUAAACUACCUGCACUACCUGUGGGACGCGCACCGAGCCAUCUCCACCGCCCUCAGGGCAUGUCGUCUCUGGUCUUCUACGUACGACGGGAUCGACCCUCCGCCUCAAGACUACCGAUUGGACACAACCGGUUACGACGUCGAAGACGAGGACGAGAUCGUGCGGCGCGUCGAGAGCGACUCCAUCUGCUCUUUCUCCUUCGCUCCUCCGCCGCCGUCAGCCCUCUCCUCAGAUACCGUCUACACCGGCAGCCAGGCCGGACGAGGCGGCCUGGAGCUGGAGUGGGACGACAUAUUCGCAGACGACGAUCCCUCAUCGCCGGAGUCGAUAGACUCGGCGGCGGCGGCCGCGGAGGUCGACGGGUGCGUCUCGACACCUCGACACAUCCAGGAAAUGCGACGCACCGCGACCAAGCUGGUGCGCGGCUCCUACGUGGAGGAAGCCGAGUUCGAGGACGAUGUUCUGGUCUACGACCUCGUCGCCCAGCGCGAAACAAAGGCGGCCAUUUUGGAGCGAAUCAUGGCAGCAAAUCGGCGGGUGCGCGGGAGCGUAUCGAACAGCCAGCGGGCGUCGACAGCGGCGGCGUCAUCAACGAUGGCGGCGACAACGACAACAAUGUCGACGACGGCGGGGAAGACCGUCAUGGAGACGGUCAACAGUAUAAUGUCGACGAGGAGGAGGAGCGAUGACGGAGGCAAAGAGGAAAGGAGACGGAGUGAGGAUUGUGUGAAGGAGGUGAAGAGGAGGAGGAGUGACGACUGUGGGAAGGAGAGAAGGAAGGAGGAAGGAGGAGAUGAGAAAAAAAGGAUGGACGCACAAGGAGGAGGCCAGUUUUUUACCAACGGCUUCAACGCUAAGAAUCACGUCAUCGCCGAAUGUGACGACGUCGACGAAGACAAAGAGACACACGAGCGACACCUGAGGGGCUUCAAAGCGACUGUCAAUCACACGCCGCACAACGCACAACGCCCCACGCCACGUUCAGGGACUUUACCCAACGGCCACCCCGAGGCGGAGCCACGCGACCCUUUGGUGGCCGGCGCAAAGUCUCCGAGUCUCGCCAACAACGACGACUUCCUGUCCCGGUACCACGAGCUCAUGCUCUUUUUAGGGGUGGAGCCAGACUGUGACAACGUCACCAACGACAUCACCGCAUUCAGGAGGCGAGUGCGAGCGCUGAGGCAGAAACUGGAAGAGGAGGAGGUGGAGGAGGCGGUCUUUAGCUUCUCGUGGGAUGGCGUGGAGGAGGAAGGAGGAGAGGAGGAGGAAACAAUGGAGGAAGAGGAGGGGCGUGGAGCUCCCUUUACAGGUCCGUUCAUCAGCGUGCUGUUGUCCCGGCUGGAGAACCUCCUGGAAAACUCCAUCGCCGUGAACCUGUUGGUGACGGGCAUCCUGGCCCAGCUGGCGUCGUACCCGCAACCUCUUCUGAGAUCCUUCCUGCUCGGCAACGAUGGCCACGACCAGCCCAACGUACGCACACUGCACCAGGUGUUGGUGUCGGUGCACGCUCAGAUUGAACGCUACGUGGCGGCCAGGCCAGACUUCCCUGUCCUGGUCACUCAGGCCUGGAGGUUCUUGUUGGCUAAAGACCAAGACAGCAAGUUCAGAGACUGCCUCCGUUCUCGGUCCGGCGACCCCAUCCCGGACCCGUGUCCCCCCAGCGGCUCGGUGAGGACCGUGCCGGUCUUGCCUCCUCUCGCCGUCCUGCCCCCCUGCCCCCCCGUCCCCCCUCAGGCCAAGAGCCGGGUGUUCGCCAUCGUCCUGUUCGCCGAGUUCCUGAAGGAGCUGGCCGCCGUCGCCCAGGAGCACAGCGUCGCCCUCGAAUGCACCGCGGAGGAGUGACAGGACUGUAAUACUGUGGAUAUCACAGUAUUUACAUGUACAGUGUGUAUAUAUAUUCCUAACAGUACUUGAAUACGGUAUUUAUAUGUUGGUGAAAAGGAUUUGAUUGUUUUGAAGGAGAAGUUCUCUUUAUGUUUGUGCAUCAAAUACUUUUCUGCACCGUUUUGCACUUCCUUGUUGAUGUGGAACAAAUGUCCGUUAUUUAAACCGUUUACCAACGCGUGGACUUAAAGGGUUAAAGGUUUGGAAGUCAAUAGUUAACAUUAGAGGCAAAGCAGUCAAUGUUUAACUCCCUUCUUGUUGCUCCAAUAUGACUUCCUCUUUAAUAACACACCGCAUGCCAUAGUUACAGAUUAUGAAUCUCCCGUCGCUGCAGAACGGUAAACACACACCGGCCCUUUAAGUGAACGUCUGUGUGUCAAACUACACACACAGAGUGUGUAGAGGAGCUCUCCAGUUGUGUUGUUGUGCGUCUUCAGACAGAAGAGGCUUCACCUUCAGGAGGUUUUUGGCUAUUUAUUCUUAAAGCUGAUUUUUUAAUCGGAUGUAAUGCAGUUUUAAUACUGAAAAAGAUGAAAAGGGGGCAGAGCAUCGAUCAUGUGCACCUGUUUGUGUGUUCCUGUUGUGUCUUUACACACACACACACACACACACACACACACACACACACACACACACACACACACACACACACACACUGAGAGUAAUGUCAAAGCCUUACUUUAACCGACAGAGAUUUUAGUGCAAGAAACCAAGAU